UACGUCAAAACCGGAAAUAACAGUAUACACAAGACUGGCAGUAGUCACACGUGGGUCUAGGAGUUAACGUAAUGCUGUAUUGUCUGUUUUAUUAAGAAACAUGCCAAAGAGAGCCAAGGCCAGAUCGGAGGAAAACACCUCAGCAGAGGAACAGGUCGAGGAUCCUCCAGUGGAGAGCAGGCGGACCCGCAGCGGCCGUACAGUGCGCCCUCCUGCCGGGCUGCUAGACUCCAAAACCCCGGUGAAAACUUCCAGCAGAAGGACCAGGAGGUCCGUCCUCCAGGAGCUGUCGCCGACUGUGGAAGAACAAACCCCCGAACAUAAGGAGCAGGAACCAGAGAGACCAACUCUGGAGGAAUCCAGCGUAUCUACAGAGCCAGAGCCCGUUCAACCAGUAGAACCCACGGUGCCCUCUGACCCACCGGCCCAGGUAGCAGCGGCGGAGACAGAUAAACCUGAGGGUGGAGGAGAGCAUCAGAUGUCCAAAUGUGCAGCGGCAGAGACAGCUCCUGUAGGUUCAGAUUGUAUUCCCAAGAAGAAACCUCACCUGGCUCCAAGUGCCAAACAGAUCCCGGUGGUUCCUCUGGGAAAACCGAAGUCAGGAAGAGUAUGGAAGGACCGAAACAAGCAGAGGUUCUCUGCGUUGGUCCGAGACAAACCACUGUGCUCCUCCUGGGAGAAGAAGAUGCAGGCCAAGCGGGAAAAGGACCUUGUGAAACAGUACACAGUGAGGCUGAAGGAGGAGAAAGCUCAGAAGAAGGAGGAAAAGAGGAAAAGACGAGAGGAAAACCUGAAACGGCGUGCAGAGAACGAACGAAAAGCUGAGAUUGUACAAGUGAUCCGGAACACGGCAAAGAUCAAGAGGAUGAAGAAGAAACAGCUCAGGAGAGUUGAGAAGCGAGACACUCUGGCUCUGCUGCAGAAGCCACAGAAGCAGAACAUCCCAAGCAAAGUGCAAAAAAAUGUUAAGCAAGAUUUAACUUAAAAACUGAAAAAUAAAUUUCACGUUUAGAAGAUA